UCGGAGGGACGCAGUGGCGGCAUGGACUCCGACGCAACAAAGAUGGAAGGGGGAGAUAGGUGCGCGUGGUGCGGGCUAGUUUUUACCGCGAAACUGGGCGGCGUAAAAACGGAGGACAGUGAAGUGUGCACCUGUCCGUGGAACAAGACAGGGAAUCCGGGAGUGACGCGGGAGAGUGACGGACAGAAUCACGGACAUUCACCUAUAGUGAUGCGAGUGACAGAGGUCGCCGUCGUGUUGCCGGAGUUUUCGGGAGAAUUACACGAAUGUCCGCGGGCCUUCCUAGCCGCAUGCCGGGACAGAUUGGCGAGUGUGCCGAGGGACAGUUGGGUACCCAAGGUCAGCGGGCAGCUACGGGGCCGUGCACGAACCUGGUGGACGGACACCGGCGAUUACCUCACAGGAUGGGAGGAGUUUGUGCGGACAUUCGAGAGACGCUUCAACGGGCCACAGGCGCGGGCCAGCUGUCAUCGGCAGCUGUACUGCACGACGCAGGCGGACAGUGAAAGCGUCGAGGCAUUUGUGCACAUGAAAAUGCGACUCUAUCGCCGUUUGGACACUGGGAGGCCGACGAGCGAGAUCCUCCCACUCAUCUGCGAGCAGCUGUCACCGGACUUGAGACCAUUUAUGCGGGGCGCGACCGAUUUGGAGCUGUCCGAGUUUGUCGAGCGGGCAAGGGAGGUGGAAGGCGACUUGCGUGCCAACCGGGAGGAGAGGACGCCGUUGCGCCCGAGGCGCGAGACUCGUGUUCAGGGACAGGUGGCGCCAGGGGACGCUAUGGCCUUGGUGCCCUAUGGGGCCCAGUCUCCCCCACGUCACUCAAGACCGCAACUCGAGGCUAGACCGGAACAAGCAGCCAGGCGGGACGGGCGGUAUGCGGACAGAAGGGCGAGUGGCAGCAGGCCACCGCGGUGUCAAUAUUGCACCUCUGAGCAAUACCACUGGCACGUGGACUGUCCGACACGGGAACAAGUGUGGCGGAAGAUGGAGGCCGAGGGACGCCGGCCGGGAAACUUCCAGUAGGGGGCAGCGAUUUAGUCGGCCACUGUCCCCAACGCACCCGCCCGACGAUCACGAAUCAGUCACUGUCGGCGGACAGAGAGAGGGGUCGCCGACAGGAAUCUUCAGCCAGAUUCACGGGGAACAGGACGAACGGGCAAACGUCAUCAGAGGUCGCGACGUCAUCCGCAGCACAUCAGGGUGUACCAACACAGCUGGCACCACCAGACGUCAGCGGCGGGCCGAUACCAGCAGUCGCCGGCAUCACGUCAUCGGCCGGCGCGGCCGAACCCACCCGGCCGCCAGUCGCCCCGGCAGCCCCCACAGCGAACUGGGCCGCACCUGUCUGCCUGGGACGGCUGGGGGAAGACGAGGCUGCUCUGCUCCGAGUCCCGGUGCUCCUGAACGGGCACCCCGUCCAUGCUCUGGUGGACACGGCGGCGAGCCACUCGUACGUCGCUGCCCACCUGGUGCCGGAGGGGGAACUGGAGCAGUACGAGGGGACCGUCCUACUGGCCACCGAGGGGACCAGCGCGCCCACCUCUGGACGCGCCCAGGUCUUUGCUUGUUGCAACUUGGUAUGCUAACCAAAGCUAAGGAAUAUUUACUCCAAGCAAUUCAAAUCAGCAGACAGGAAGAUUCGUACAUUGCUCUUGCAAAAAUUCAUUUGCUAGAGAAUGACAUUGAAGGUGCAAUCUGGGUUUACAAAGCAGCCCUUGAAUACUAUGGAGAAAACUGUGAGAUGGCCACCGCACUGGGCUUGCUGUACACGAAAAUGGGGCAGUUCCAACUGGCAUUUGAAAAAUUUGGCUCUGCCCUGGCACAUGACCCCAACAACCCAAAGGCAUUACUUGCAGCUGGUGCUAUCAUGCAGGGUCACAGAGACAUAGAUGUUGCCUUGUCCAAGUACAAAAUAGUUGCUCAGUACUUGCCAGAGUCCAGUGCCUUGUGGAACAACAUGGGAAUGUGCUUCUACGAGAAGAAAAAAUAUGUUGUUGCUAUCAGCUGCCUGAAGAAAGCAUCAUAUUUUGCACCCUUCAACUACAAGACAUUGUUCAACCUCGGUCUGGUUCAUCUCGCCACUCAACAGCUUGCCUCGGCCUUCCACUUCUUGUCUGCAGCCAUCAACUUUCGCACCAACUGUGCAUCUGCAUUCCAUCUUCUGGCAAUAUGUUUGAAGAAACUUGGAGAUCCAGACAAUGCCUUGCAAGCAUUCCAAGAGGCAACAAGGUUAGACCCAGCCAACGUCCACACACGCCUCAACUUUGCAGUGUUCAUGCACUCUUUGGGCCAGACAAAGUCUGCUUUAGAGCAGCUGAAUAAAUUUCACGAAAUAGCUGUAGGUGUGGAAGAUCUGGAGAAAGAGACACGGCAGCUUGCAAGCACAUUGAGAUCCACUCUAGCCAUCCAAGCAUCAAACGAUGUCGAAGACCCGAAUCUUGAGAAUGAGCAGUGUAUCUCCUCAGAGUCCGCUGAAGCUGGUGCAAUGCAAUCACCAAGUGAACAAACCAAGGACAUUAAAAAUGUAACAGAAGAAUAUGAAGAUGAUUUAGUGUAAAUAAUAAACUCAAAAUAGCUUAAAA